AUGAACGCCUUAGCCCGGUGUCUGGGAGAAGUUUGGACCAUUCUUAGGUACUGUGUCCUCGGGCUGUGGCUCGAACCCUGGAUCAAACCACAGUCAACACAAGACGCAAACACGGCAGCCACCUAUGAUGACUGGCGUGCCUGGCAAUAUACAUAUGACGCGAUACAUGGCGCCGACGACUGGGUCAACACCGACCGCGAUCCAAGCUACGAUUGGCAAAUCGUCAGGAGUCUGAGAAGAGAUCUUGAGCGAUGUCGACGACUCGGCGACGAUCGUGGCCUCUGCAGUCAGCUGAGAGCUCAGAGUUCUCGCAACAUGGGCCGCAUUCUAUCGCCCGCUUUGUAUCUCCGAUCUCAGGUGCAGACAAAGCGACUCAUCCACGAAUACAUAUUGGAAGUGAGACUCUGCAUUGUUCAGAUUGCCAACCAGACGUCAACCGGCAACGUUAGCACCCUGGUGUCAGCACAGGAAAAGCGACAAGCACUUAGCGACAUGAGGACUGCUCUUGGCCGCACCAGUCUCGUUUUGCAAGGAGGCGCCAUGAUCAGCAUGUGCCAUUUUGGAGUGGUCAAAACGUUGCUCGAGCAAAGGCUUCUUCCUCAGAUCAUCAUCGGCACGAGUACUGGGGCUCUGGUCGCUGCGCUCAUCAGUGCCACCCCGAACGAGAACCUUCCUACCGUUCUCGACAGCAUGCACAUCAAUUUGGAUUCUUUUGUUCGGGCCGAAUCAAGACAGAUCAAUGGCCAUUUCAAGAGUUGGAUGAGCUCAUCUUUCCUGGCGAGUGCCGUGAGACGCUACCGAAGAUACCGCACCACAAAGCACCUGUUUGACAUCAAUGUACUAAGAGACUGUGCGCGAGACAACCUCGGCGACAUCACGUUCGAGGAAGCGUAUGCGAAGACCGGACGCAUUUUGAAUAUCACAAUCGCCAUGUCAGAAGUGGCUGGAACCCCUCAGCUCCUCAACUACAUCACGGCGCCCCACGUGCUGCUGUGGUCUGCAGUCACAGCAUCUAUCGCGACAUCGAAGGACAUGUAUGCUCCCGUGCACCUCUUUUGCAAAAGCGAUACCGGUGCCAUCAGGACGCACUUUGCUGCCGACUUCUCAGAGAGAGGAUGCACCAGACAAGGCACUGCGCAUCCAGAAGCACCAUUGACACGGAUUGGAGAAUUGUUCAAUGUCAACCACUUUAUCGUCUCGCAGACGAGACCUUAUGUUGCUCCAUUCGUUCAGAUCCAAAAGUUCGCCGACCAUCAUCAACCUUUGGGAAAGCUGGUGCGGGUGUGUAUGGACGAGCUUCUGCAUUGGCUUGAAGUGCUGAACAGCUUCGGUCUUCUCCCGACUUGGCUACAACGAGUGUUAGUUGACGAGGUGGUGCCGAGCUUCGCGUCCUGGUCAAAGAUCUCAAUCACUCCUGGCAUCAAGCCGGGGGACCUGUUUAGUUUGUUCAACAACCCCAAUGCAGAAAUGCUUCGAGCGUGGAGUGCUCGGGGGGAGAAAUGCACCUGGCCAUACAUCUGCGAGCUCAAGUGUCGCUGCGACAUUGAGCUGGAGUUGGACGCUGCGUAUGCAAAGGUGCGGCGACGGCCGACGAUCCCAACGGCACCGGCCUGA